GCCGCAGUUGCAAACCUUUUAAAUCGAUCCUCACUGGUAUAGCAAGGUGGGGGAAACUCUCUCUCUCUCUCUCUCUCUCUGCGAAAAGAAACCAUGAGUUUAUCACUCUUACAGGAUUAUUCUUCCGAAGAGGAAGGACCUCAGCAAGAAGACCCAUUUUCUCAAAGCGACGAGGAUACCGAGAGAGAGCACAACCAUCUCUCUUUUUACCAAUCACCCUUUCCAAACCCCAUCCAUUCUCUCAACAGUAAUUCCCUUUUACCAUCUGCACUGGAGGCUUUCUCUGAGAUCUCGGGCCCCCCUGGAUUCUUGAACAAUUGUGUUGCCGAGCACCCUUCUUCGAGUGCUUCAGAGGAGAGGCGGCGCCAUGGAAGCCGGAGAUCGAAGAAAGAGAAUAAAGAUCUUCCUCCAGGAGCCGUUGUUGAGGCUAAAGCUCAGUUAGUUGCCAUUCGUGACCGAGUGAGAAGCGAUGUGGAGGGAAACAUUCCUCAACCUUCUUCCGCAAUGCCACCUCCUGCAAGUUCUCUGGGAGAUAGCAAGCGUGUGCCUGCGGCAACCCUGCCUGGCGCAGAAGAUGCGGCAGAUCUUCUCAGAAUGUGCCUUCAAUGUGGGAUACCAAAGACAUUUUCAAGUGCUCGUGGAGGGGUAGUGUGCCCUGUAUGUGAAGAUCGCCCCCCUGCAAACCCUAACAUGGAAAAGAAGAAGGGAUCGACAAUAAAGGACAAGGAGAAGAGCAAAAGAAUGAAGGGCCAAUCAACCCAUGCCUCGUGGAAAAGCGAAACCGAAAUGCAGCUGCGGCAGCAGUUUGAUUAACUGAGUCCAUACAUUUGAGUGUUCAGGGAUACUAAUGGAGUUUACAUGCUACCAGUUCAAUUAGCCAUAAAAAAUAUAAAAUUCGCAGGUUAGUUAUUUAAGUACUGAAUUCUAGCUUAAUUGUGAUUCAUCCAUGUGGUUGUAGUUUAAAUCAGUGAAAAUUUUAUCCAUUUCUCAAGAUUCAUGCAUCAUAUUUUUAGUUUUAUUUUCAUAUAUGUGCAUCACGAUGUGUUUUUUUUUUCACAUAUAUGUACGUCAAAAUGCGGUUGACAGAAGACAACACAUUCAGAAUGAAAAUUUUGUUACUAGAAAGGUAAAACCAAAUUCAUGAAUUGCUGCAAUUUGCAAUCUAUCCAGAAAUCUCAACCUGCCUACAUAAGUAGGUCGAAUAACUGUUCACGAUUAGGACUUCUAUUCAGCUAAAACAAGUAGAAGUCCUAAUCGUCCCCAACCAAUCCUACUUGUUUUAACGCCUCAAGUCCUUGUUUCAACGCCACUCUUUUUUCCCAAGCCCUCCCCUUGUAUAUCCUUAUGCAAAUCCUUUUUCCUUAAUUGUAGCUAAAUUUGUACCCAAAUCCUAAUCGUCCCCAACCAAUCCUCUACUUGUUUCAACGCCUCCCUUUUUCCCUAAACCCUCCCCUUGUAAUCCUUUUUCCUAAAUUGUACCCAAAUAGAAGUCAUAAUCAUUCCCAACCGAUCGUAAUUGUCUCUUCUUCACAUCCUUGUUUCAAUGCCACUACUAAAUAAGAAGAUCCGAAUUGUCUUCACAUCCUUGAUUGUUUCUUCUUCACAUCCUUGUAUCCUUGUUUCAACGCCUCUACUAAAUAAGAAGAUUAGAAGUCCUAAUCUUUUUAACCAAUCCUAAUUAUCUCUUCUUCACAUCCUUGAUUGUCUCUUCUUCACAUCCUUGAUUGUCUCUUCUUCACAUUCUUGUACCCUUGUUUCAACGCCUCUACUAAAUAAGAAGAUUAGAAAUUGUCUCUUCUUUACAUCCUUGUUUCGACGCCUCUACUAAAUAAGAACAUUAGAAGUCUUAAUCUUUUUAGAACUCCUAAUCUCCUUGUUUCUAGGCCUCUACUGAAGAUUAGAACUCCUAAUCCUUAAUUCAAGUCUUUUAUUUUCCUAAUCUUUUUAGAACUCCUAAUCCUUGAUUCAUGUCUUCUUCUUUUUUUUCUAUUUGUUUCAACGUCUCUACUAAAUAAGAAGAUUAGAAGUCCUAAUCUUUUUAGAACUCCUAAUCCUUGAUUCACGUUUUUUUUUUUUUUAUAGAGCUGAGACUUUUCACAUCCUUGUUUCAAUGCCUCUACUAAUAAGUAAAAGAUGGAACCCAUUCCCGCUAUCGCUACCCUAUUAAUUAAGCCUUUCCCUUACCCUUACCCCUGAACCACUGAUCAAGAUUACACUUCAUCUUUCCCUUUCCCUUACCCUUACCCCCGAACCACAAAUCAAGAUUACCCUUCAUCAUUCCCUUGCCCAAAUCAAGAUUACCCUUCAUCUUUCCCUUACCCCUGAACCGAGUUAUUAAAUCCCAUCGAUCCCCCACCUCGAGUUAUUCUAUCAUUCUUGGCUCUCUUUAAUGUAGUUAAAGGCAUUAGUUGGAUAUGUUAUUUAAGUUCAUUGUUAUACAAGAAAAAGGAUGAAGGAGACAUUAUUUACAUCCCUGAGAAGAAGGCAUUAGAGCAGCAGUUGGACAUCACGAUCAUGAAAGAGAUCACAAAUGAAGAACAAUGGAUACUCAUUCAGGAGGAUCUCAAUGGUGAAAUAAUGCAAAGGAAAAAGAGGAGCUGGUUUGGAUGUCUCCGAGUGCGUUGACGGUUUUAAGAAGACAUUAGAGCAGGUGGAUAUUUUGAUCAUGGAAGAGAUCACGAAUGAAGAACAAUAGAUACUCAUUCAGGAGGAUAUCAAUGGUGAAAUAAUGCAAAGCAAAAAUAGGAGCUGGUUUGGAUAUGGUGAAAUAAUGCAAAGCAAAAAGAGGAGCUGGUUUGGAUGGCUCUGAGUACGUUGAGGGUUUUCAAUUUGUCUUUCUUUUUAUUUUUUAGUUUUUAGUUAUAAUUUUUUGUUUCUCUCCUCACAUAGAAAUAAGAGCUUUGAGGAUUCUUACUUUGUAGGUCAAAUACAUCAAAACCAGUUUUGUUGGAUUUUUUUUCUCAAUCAGCUUGGUUGGUUGAUGUUGCACAACCUUAUUUUCAUUCAAAGGAUUUUCAGCUGAUAACGAUUAUGUUUGCUAGUUAGUCUUAUCAUUGAAUCGAGUCUUGAAAUAAAACUAAAAACUAAAUUAUGAUUGAUCUCUAUGACCAUAAAUUUGAUAUGGGCACCCUGCUUAUAUGAUUAUCAUGAUGCGAUGAUGGAACAACCAAUUACAAUGGUUAUUAUGUAAAAAUUAUAUUAUUCCUCUUUUCCUUGAUAAAAUUGGUAAUAUUUUUAGAUAUUUCAC